UUGUUCACAACCACCCUUCAAAUUUUCCAUCCUCUUUUCUCUGCUACCCUUCUUCUUCCCAUUCCCAAAUCCCAAUUGAUUUCUCCCACGUAGGGUUUCUCUGCAUUCUUGUUCCUCCUUCCAACGAUUUCUCCUCCUCGUUCACAAUUUCAAUUGCGAUUUUGUUUUCGAUUCGCUUCUGGGGGUAACUGCAUCUUCAUUCUCGAUUGAAAUUUGGAGUUAGGGUUUCGUUUUUCACUCCAAUUGGUGCUUUAAGUUUCACGCUUUUGGAGCUGCAGAUAAAGGGUCCUUCCAUCUUGUCAUUCUCCACCAAAAAAUAAAGUCAACGAAUUAUUGGUGGUGAGUUGUGGGCUGAGCCUGCAACCGUUGUUAGAAACUGGAGCUAUCGCGAUGUUGGGAGUGAAUCAUAGUGGCUUGAGUUUCUCUAGCCAUUUUCUCCACCUAGCUGAAUGGCAUCCAUUAGAAUAGCAAUGUCAAUCAGGGCUUGAAGCCCUUCCCUUCCUCUCAUAUCAGGGUCAGCGGAAAACUUAGUUAUUAGGAUAAUUGAUUUGGCCGUUUGAGGUGAAUCAGAUUGGUGCUGUGAUGGAAGAGUAUAGGAGUUUUUCAUUUUCCAAAAUGAUGGGCUGCUUCAGUUGCUUCGGGUUCGACAAAAAACAAAGACGCCGACGGACUAGACGUGGCAUCAACAGUUUUCUUCCCCAUCCACUGAUGGAUGGAGAAACUGACGGUGAUGAGGGCUCACACAGUGGUGAUGUUACCAGUCACACCACCAGUGGAGAUGAGAGUAGUGAGGCGCAUAAUAUGCCCAAUCGUUCUGAGGAAAUUUUGAACUAUAGAGCAGAAAAUGGCAUGGUCUGUAGGCGAUAUCCUGUUAAGGAGACCACCAAACUUGUUCGCUCCGAGGAUGAAGAUGGGAACAGGAUGGUAAAUGAAUAUAUUCGAGAGUACAAGAUUGGCUCUGGUAGCUACGGCAAAGUGGUUCUUUAUCGAAGCUCUAUUGAUGGAAAACAUUAUGCAAUUAAGGCCUUUCAUAAGUCUCACUUACUGAAGCUUCGAGUUGCACCAUCUGAGACAGCCAUGACUGAUGUCCUACGUGAGGUGCUGAUUAUGAAAAUGAUAGAACAUCCUAAUAUAGUCAAUCUCAUUGAGGUGAUUGAUGACCCAGAGUCAGAUGACUUCUUAAUGGUACUAGAGUAUGUGGAAGGCAAAUGGAUUUGUGAGGGAACAGGUCGUUCUUCUGCCUUAGGUGAAGAGUCUGCUAGGAAAUAUUUGCGUGAUAUAGUCCCGGGAUUAAUGUAUCUUCAUGCUCAUAACAUAGUUCAUGGAGAUAUAAAACCUGAUAAUCUGUUGAUCACCCGUCAUGGCACAGUAAAGAUAGGGGAUUUCAGUGUCAGCCAAGCUUUUGAGGAUGGUAAUGAUGAACUUCGCCGAUCACCUGGCACUCCUGUUUUCACUGCACCAGAAUGUUGUUUAGGCCUUACGUAUAAUGGCAAAGCUUCAGAUACGUGGGCAGUGGGAGUUACUUUGUACUGUAUGAUAUUGGGGGAAUACCCGUUUCUCGGAGACACACUUCAAGAUACAUAUGACAAAAUAGUCAAUAAUCCUGCUAUAAUCCCUGAUGACAUUGACCCACAGUUAAAGAAUUUAAUGGAAGGAUUGCUUUGCAAAGACCCAAAACUAAGGAUGACAUUAGGCGAUGUCGCGAACCACGCCUGGGUUAUUGGAAAUGAUGGACCAAUUGCUGAGUACUCAUGUUGGUGCCAACGCCAUAGCCUGGAGAGUUAUGGAUCUGAUGAGAGCAAUGUGCUUGUUUGAUACAUACUGACUAAAUUAUUUUAAGUUGGACAUCUUUAUGUGUAGAACAGUGAAAUGGCCCAUUCAAAAUUUUCCCCUUUUGACCCCACGGAGGUAUGUUAUGGUUAUUGAGGAAGUCUUGAAGGAGUCUUUGGAAUUUAAGAAAAUACGCCUCAUCUUGCCAACGAUUAAUAGCCAAGUCAUGUUUAAUGUGCUUUUAUAUUUUUCUCA